UGUUCGGAGAGGGAAAAUCAUCAACGGGGAGAAUGAGGGAAAACAAAGGAGAAAGAUAUUCAAGCAUCAGUGAGAGAGAAAAACAGCAUGAAGCGAGAGAAUGAGGGAAGAUCACCGAGUGCUCAGUGAGGGGUAAAAAACAACAAAAUGAUAAAGAAAUCACCGAGAGGAAAACAUCCAGUAUAGACAGAAAAACCGAAAGAACCGCGGAUGCAUUAAAUCGGAAACAAAAAUAGACGCGUAUGGAGGUGUUUUUGUGUAUUGGAGGGGUUGGGGUGUGGAGGCGAGGAGAAUAUCACCAAGACAGAGAGAGGGGUGCGGGUGGCGGGAAUAACCAGGAGAGAGAAAAUCACCGGGAAGAGAAUGUGAAGGAGAAAAUGACUGGAGCGAGAUACCUGUAGAUGUAUUGCUUGGACACGAUGUGAGAGAGUCCGAGAGAAAAAAAACAGGAGACUGAGGAAAUCGCCUAUACGUGUGCGUGAAAGAAAAUCACCAGAAAUAGAGGAAAUCAGGUACAGAGUGUGUGAGGGAAACUCGUCGGGAACAGAGGGAAAAUCGUCGGGAAGGGAGCGUGUGAGGGGAAAAUCGUCGGGGAGAGAUUGAGGCAAAAUAAAUCACUGGGAAGAAGGUUUGAGAGAAAAUCGUAGAGCAGGAUGUGUGCAAACGAAAAUCUCCAGGAAGAAAAUGUGAGGGAAAAAUCGCCGAGAAAACUGAGACAAUCACAGAAGAAAGAGAAAAUCGGUGGCAAGAAAAAUGUGGGAUAAAAUCAUUCAGGAGCGAGUCAGAGAGCGAAAAUCUCCGAAAAUGGAGAAAAUCGCCGGGAAGAAAAUGUGAGAAAGAAAAUCGUCAAGGAGAGAGUGAGAGAGGAAAAAAAAAAUCACCUGGAAGAAAGUGUCUGAGAGACAAGUUUGGGAGGACAGUGAAGAAAGAAAUCACUGGGGAGAGGGUUUGAGAGCGAAAAUUGCCGAGGACAAUGUGUGCGAGCGAAAGUCACUGAAGAGAGAAUAUCACCGGGAAGAAAAUCUCCGACAAAAUCGGUGAGGAGAGAGUCAGAGAUAAAAAUCGCCGGGAAGAAUGUGUGAGAGAAAACAAACACUGUGGGGAAAAUAUGAGAUUUAAUCGCUGUGGAAAGAGUGAGAAAGAUAAAAAUCACCGGGAAGAAUGUGUGAGAGAGAAAACGAUUACCGCGCCGAGGGUUUGAGAGAGAAAAGUACCGAUAAGACUGUGAGAGCGAAGAUCACUGACGAGAGAGAAAACGAUUGGGAAGAAAAGCUGAGAUGUAAAAAAGAGAAACGAUUGGAAGAAUAUGAGAGGUAAAACAUCGGGAAGAGAGUUUAAGAGAAAAUAAAAAUCACUGGGAACGAAGUGUGAGAAAAAUUACUGGGACCAAAGUGAGAGAAAGUAAUAAUUAAGAGGGUUUGACAGAAAAUAUUCAGCGGGAAGAGUUUGAGAAAGAAAACACCGAGUGGAAAGCUAGAUAAAAAUACUCUCAGGGAAGAAGUAUUAUGAGAAACAAAAUCAGCAGGAAGAGGGAUUCAGAGAGAAAAUCACCGGGAAGAGAGAGCGAGCGAGAAAACCACCAGGAAGAGUUUGUGAAAGAAAAUCGUCGUGAGGAGCGAUGGAGCGAGUCAUCUACAGGCAAGUGAGAAAGCAGAUCAUUGAGAAGACAAACCGAAAAUCACCGAGAUGAAAACGAGGAAAGAGGGAGACAGAGAAAACAAAUGCCUGAGAAGAAUUCGAUACAGCGAACAGUGUAUCAAAGAGUGACAAAGUCAGCGAUAGAUGUGCGACCAAGGGUGUAGAUCACCGGUGGAGACGGGGAAUAGGAUGCGAUUCACUGAUAGGACCGGAGGAGUUUCAAGGAUAGGUGACCCAGAGAGCAAAUCAGCGAGAGGAGAGAUUCAAGAAGAAGGCAAUAUCACGGAGAGGAGAGAGAGAGAUCGUUGAGAAGAAACAGGAAAGAUCACUGAGAUGAGAGUGAUUCAUCAAGAGGAGAGUACGGGAGAGAGAAAAUUGCCCAGAGAACAUUUUAACAGAGAGAAGAGAGAUUCAGCGAGGGGACCAUCUGAGAGCGAAGCACAGAGAGGGAAUAGAUCACCAAAGGGAGGUAGAGGAAACUACUAACAGGAGAAGGAUGGCAGAAUUGUUGUACAAGGAAAGAUUGGCUUGACUCCGAAUUCACUAGAGUUGAGAAGACUGAGAGACGAUCGAUUGAGAGGUAUGACGUUCGAAGGCUAGAUGCAAGGAGAAAUCCCCUGCUUGAGGAAUAUAGAGCCAGAGCUCACAGUCAGAAAACAUGGUAGGACAUUUUAAGGGUGAGAUGAGGAAAUAUUUCUGCACUUAAAGGUUGGUCAGCUUGUGGAAUUUACUACCCAAAAGCAGGCUAGCGGAAGAUAUUAAAGAAAGAUGGGUUUUUUUUGCAUGAAAGGCAUCAAGGGUUGCAGAGAGAAAACAUGAAUACGAUGUUCAGGUAGAGGGUUAGCCAUGAUCACAUGGAAUGACAGGGAGGAUGUAAAGGGUUGAAAGGCCUACUCUUAGUUUUUAUGCUUCUUUGCUUUCUAUUAAGUGCGGAGCUGACUGGAGGAUAAAAUGUCUUUCUAUUCCUGAAUCUUGCAUUUCUAAAUGAAGGAGAAAUGCUGAGGAAUGAGAGGAAGAGAGAAACACCAAGACGAGAGAUAAAAACCUCCUAGAGCUAGAGAGGAAAUCACUGUGAAGGGAGAGGGAAUGUCAGAGAUAACAGGCCAUAAGAGAAAAUCACCAAGAUUAUAGAGUGAGAGAACAUCACCGGGAUGCUAGAGACAGACAAUUGGUUAAAAAAAGAGGGAAAAUUGCUGAGUGGGAAGUGAGAGACCAAGGAAAACACUCAGAGGAGUGAGACAGGGAGAAAAAUGUUCUGAGAGGAGAGGGUGAGAUGUAAAAUCAUUGAGAGCAGACAGAGAGGGACAAUGCCUGAGGGGAGACAGAAAAUCCCCAAGAGGAUGGAGAGAGAACAAUGCAUUGAGAAGUGAAAGAGGAAGAACUGCUGAGCAGGGAUAGAGAAAAUUGCUGAGAUAACAGCAAUUGACUGAGUGAAGAUGCUGAAAAUCAGGAAGAGGAGAGACAAUCAAUGAGAUUGACAGAGAAAAUCACCAAAAGGAGACAUUCAUUGAGAGGUGUGAGUGAGAGAGUAAACUCCUGAGCGCAGACAGAGAGAGAAAACCACUGAGAGGAUAGCAAGAGAGAAAAUCACUACACAGAUUGGAAACAUCUGAGAUAUGAACAAGUCACUGAGACAAGGAUGAGUGAAACUAAUGCUCGGUCUGUCUCUUCUAUUUGCAAAUCAACACCAGGAUAAUUCGAGAGCAAUUCACUGAGAAGAGAGAGACCAAAUUCUCUGAGAGGAGAGGCUGAAACUUAGUGAGGAGAAUGCAUCACAGAGAGGAAGAGGAACGGACAGAGGGAAUCCCUAAGGAUUUACACAAAAGCUCCUGGAGAUAUCCCUUUUCGGAUAGAUAGUCACCCACCAUCAUAUUGAAUGAUGGUACUGGUGCAAAGAGCUGAAUGGCCUUCUAGUUCUGUGCAUCUAUGUUUUCCAUUCAUGACACAGCAGGGUUGGAGGGCCAAAUAGCCUAUAUCUAUUUCUAGACCCUGUGUUUGAAUGUGAGAGAGAAGCACAAAGAGAUUUGAGAGGAAGAGACAAUCACUAAGAGGAGAGGGUGAGCGAGAAAAUCUAAAGAGAGUGAGACAAUCUCUUCUUCAGUGAGAAAAUGGAGGAAAUAUCGUCACUAUCGUCUGUGAUUUGCUCUCUCUGACACUUAUUGGUGAAUCUCUGUUUCAUUUAGACAUAGAACAAUACAGCGCAGAACAGGUCCAUCGGCCCUCGAUGUUGCGCUAACCUGUGAACUAAUCUAACCCCCUCCCCCUACACUAUCCCAUCAUCAUCCAUAUGCUUAUCCAAGGACUGUUUAAAUGCUCCUAAUGUGGCUGAGUUAACUACAUUGGCAGGCACAGCGUUCCACGCCCUUACCACUCUCUGAGUAAAGAACCUGCCUCUGACAUCUGUCUUAAAUCUAUCACCCCUCAAUUUGUAGCUAUGCCUCCUUGUACAAGCUGAAAUCAUUAUCCUUGGAAAAAGACAAAAAAAAGACGCAGCAUUAUUUAAAUCCAUAGUUCUUUGUACUUUUUUGUUGCUUAAUGAAGCUGAGGAGGCAGUUGCAGCAAGCAAUUGAUACCAGAUAUGGAAGCGUUGUCAAAUGAGUAAAGAUUAAAGAAGUUGGGACUCUAUAUUUUCUGGAGUUGAGAAGAAUGAAACAUAUAGAAUUCUUAAGGGACUUGACAGGGUAAACAAUGGGAAGAUACUUUCUCUCAAGGGAAAUGCGAGGACCAGAGGACAUUGUCUCAGAAAAGAUGGUUGACAUUUAAGACUGCGAUGAAGAGGAGUUUCUUCUCUCAGAAGCUUUGAGUCUUUGCAUUUCUGUGCAAUAGAGUGGUGUGGGGGCAGAAUCCUUGUGUUUAUUCAAAGCUCAGAUAGAUAGAGGGAUGCAUAGGUCUUGAUCAGUAGCAGAAUCAUAGUUUAUUGAGGAAGGGCAGGAAAGGUAGAUGUGAGAAAUGUCAGAUCAGCCAUGAUCCUAUUGAUUGGUGGAGCAGUCUCGAGAGGACAAACUACCAACUGCGGCUCUUAUUUCUAAUGAUCUUAGAAAGUACAGCAAAUGGUAUGUUGCAAGAGGUUUUGCUUUAAGAAAUAGAGAUUUUCCCAGAGUAUUCCAUGCAAUUUUGGUCUCCCUACUGAACAAAAGCAUUUACUUGCCACCGAGGAACUGCAUCAAAGGUUCACUAGGCUGAUGCUCUGCAUGGCAGGAUUAUGGUACGAAGAGAGACCGGCUUUAUUCAGUAGAGCUGAGAAGAAUGUGAGACUGUCUGAAUGGAAGGUAUAAUAUUCUAAGAGGGCUAGACAGAAUUGGUGUAGUGACGUAUCCCUUGGUUGUAGAGUCUAGAAACAGCUCACAGUCAGAGUACAUACCAUGUGCAGAGUCCUAGGCGUAAGAUGAGGAAAAGUUUCUUCACUCAGAGGGUGAUCAAACUGUGGAGGCAAACUCACUGACUGCAUUCUAGAGCGAAAUGGAUGUUGUUUUCAGAUACUAAAGCAUAGAGGGUUAUGGAGAGAGCGUGCAAAUUGUUUUGAAAUAGAGGAUCAGCCAUGGUUACAGGAAAUAGUUGAGCUGGUGCAAACAAGCCUAUUGCUUGUUUCUAUGAUUUUCAUUAAUGUGAGAGCAGGCUCAGUGGGCAAAGUACUUUCUUCUAUUGCUUGAUGCUGUGUUUAAAUGUGAGAGAGAAUCACUGAAGAGAUGUGAGAGGAAGAGACAACCACCGAGGAAAGAGUUGGAGAGGAAAUCACUGUGACAAUAGUGAGUGAGCUAAUCACUGAGAAGAGCACUCAUCCCAGACAACAGGUAGGGAAAGGAAAUUACCAAGAGGAGAAACAACGGGGAGAAGAAAUCAGGUAUGAGAGAGAAAGAGAAUCAAUCAGUGAAACGAUACAUAGGGAGAAAAUAGCUGAGAAGGAGGAGAAAAAUACACUGAGAGGACUGGCUGAGCAAGAAAACUAGUGAGAAGAGAGGAAAAAUAUGGAGAGGAGAUUCACUGAGACAGAGUGAGACAAAAUGUCUGAGAAGAAAGCAAGAGAGGAAAUUCCUAAGAGGAGACAGCAAGAAAAUGACCCUGAGGAUAGCAAGAGAGAAAAUGAGUGCGAAACCAGAGCAAGUAUCACUGAGAUGAGAGUGAGAGAGAUGAUUACAGAGAGGAGAGAGAGAGAGAGACAAUGCCAAUCACCAAAAUGAUAGUGAGAGAGCAAAUCACUGAGAAGCGACAAAAAUUCUCUGACAUUAUCGAGAAGAGAAGACUUCAGUGAGAGGAGACAGAGAGAGAGUAAAGCAACGACAAGUUAACGAGAGAGCAAUCUGUUGAGAAGAGAAACAAAAUUGUUAAGAGACCAAUUCAUUGAGUGAAGGGGCGAACAGAGAAAAUGACCAAGAUGAGAACGACAGAGGUGGAAUACCACCAAGGAAGGAGAAAGUGAGUAAAUCUCCCAAAGAAGAGAAUAAAUAAAUAACCUAGAGAAGGCAGAGAGAGAAAAUCACUAAGAGAAAGCAGGAUUAUCAUUGAUCAGCGAGUAUGAGAGUGAGAAAAACACCCAGAGGGCAGAGAGCAGGAGAAUAUCACUGAGAGGAGAGUGGGAAAAUCACACUGAAGACUGAGAGAAUGAUUUUCACCAAGUGAAGAUAGAUUCCUUGAGAGGUGAUGAAGGAGGAAAUUCCUGAGAGGAAAGAGUGAGAGAAAAUACCUGAGGUGAGAGAGAAAAUUGCCGUCAGGACCCGGUUAAUGAGAACAAGUCAGCAAGAGGAGGGAGACUCAGUGAGAGAAGCAUCUGAAAGAGAGAAUCAGUAACGUGACUGGGCGAGAGAAAGUCCCUGAGAAGAGAUGGAAAGAAAAUAAUCACCAAGAGAGAAAAUGAUUGAGAUGAGCGAGAGAAAAUCACCACAAAAUGAGAGUAAGCAAAGGGUAAUGAGUGAAAAUCAUUCAAAAGGGACAGAAGGAGAAUUGCUUAGAAGAGAGAGAGAAAAUCACCAAAAGGAGAAAGAGGGAGAAGCUAGGAAGAGGGCUAUGAGGAAAGGGAAUAGAUCACAAUGGAGUGAGAGAAAAAAGGAUUCACUGUUUGAAGAAGGUGAGAAAGGAAAUUACCAAGGAGAGAGAAAGAGAACAAAUCAAUGGAAUGAGAGAAAUUCAGCAAGAUGAGAGUUUGAGCGAGAGAAAAUCAUCAGGAGGUGCUGAGUGAUUGCAGAUCAUCAAGGACAGAGGGUGAGAAAGCCAUCGCGAGGAAGACUAUGUGAGAGUGAAAAUGACCAUGAGGAGUGAGAGGGAAAGAAAAUGAGCAGAGGAGCGUGUUUCAUCCAGAGGUGGGGUAAGAGAAGGAGCAAAUCAACGAGUGGAGAGAGAUUUCACCGAGAGGGGAGAUUGAAAUGGAAAGUCACUAAGCUGAGAGAGCUAGAGAGAGGUGACCGAGGAAAGAGAAAAAAGAACUAACACUCCCAUGUUUGCUGACAACUCAGAGCUUGUUGGAUUAUCAGUUGUAUGGAAGAUGCAAUACUUACCAGUUUGCUGACGACGUAGGUGGGAUUGAGAGUUGCCAGGUGGAUGCAAAGAGGCCUCGGUGUGAUCAGCACAAACUGAGUAUGUGGGCAGAGACGGCACAUGAGGCAUUGUGGAUAAAUGUGAAGGGCUACGUUUGCAAGUGAAGAACAACAAAGCACAAUACUACUUGACGGAUGAUGCAGUUGAAAAUGCAGGUGUGCAUCCUUGCACAUCUGUCAACGAAAGCAAGCCAGCAGCCAUACCAAGCAAUUGGAGAGGCAAAUGGUCAAGGUUAAGAGUCCACCUUUUUGAUCUUUCAUACCUCGUCCCAGCAAAAACUUGACUAUUUCAUAGGUCUAAAACAUUUUUAGGACCGAACAAUUUGCCUCAGAUCGAUGGAUAUCUUCCAAGAAGAUGCACAAUGUCAGCUAAAUGAAAAGCUAAAUGAAACCAGGAUCAAAUUUUUGAGUUUGUGGGAAAACUGUAAUCCAACAGGAUUUAAACAGAAGUACAGAGAAUCUUUAAAAAUCACAGAAGAUCGAUGUUUAGAGAUAUAUGAAGAGGAAAAACAGAUGUGUGAAAAGAUCCAUUUAACCAAAAAGGUUAUUGCUGAGCAGAAUGUAUUCCUGGAAAAUACUCAAUUAGAGCUGCAGAGCAUCAACCAAAAUUGUGAAAGUAUUGAAAGGCAAAAGCAGGAAGUGUUAGAAAAGAUUAUGAAGCUGAAAGAAGGACUUCUCAAAAAGCAGGAAUCAGUAAUUUCUACACAAAAACACCAAAAUAAAGCAAAGCUGAAGGAAUUAAAUUUAUCUGCAGAAAUGUUCAAGAAGCGAAUGGGCCUGGAAAUUCGGAAGGUACAGGGGGAACAACUCCAGUUUAUCUUCAGGUGCAUCAGCCAUAAAAGUCCUGAGCAGCCAUUUACAUUUCUGCUGAAAUUAAAUGAAGAAGGAAAUUAUGAAGUUACAUCAUGUGAACCACCACUGGAAUGUAUGCCUUCACUGCAGGAAAAACUCAAAGAAACCAACAACUUCUCUGCAUUUCUUGCAAAUGUUAGGAAAGCUUUUACAACAUUAGCAUAAUUUGAGGUUGUAUUCCUACUUAGGAGAAUAGAUUUUCUAAGCUUUGUUGUUUAACUGUUUUCCCAUUUCUAUGAACCAAUGCUAGUAUUUGAUUGUGUAACAUCGUAUUUUUAAUAAUUGUAUCCUCUUAAAAAAACUUUUUCACAACUAUUUCUCAUAGAAUUGUGUUGCUUGUUAUACAUGGCCAAAUAAGUAGUAGGAGCACUGGGUUAUUGCCUAAUUGAAGCUGUUUUACCAAUUAAGAAUAACAAAAUAAUUUAAUGUCUGAUCUGAUUGUGGCCCUAACUUCACUUUCCUCCCUGUCCUUAAGAAUCUGUGUUGGUCAGUCUUGGGUUCAGCUACUAUUUUUGAUUUGAAGAUGUCCUUUGCUCACCAUAGUUAUGAUUACUAAAUAUUUUAUGUACAAAAAUGUAACUUUUUGUUCAAAGUUUUCAUUAAAAUAACAGUACCUUUGGUCAUGUCAUACAAAUGGUCAUUCUCUAUUUUUUGAGCUAUUGCUUGACAUCAAGUCAUAUAUUUCUCAUGGAGCAGAUUGGGGAUUUUAUUUCACUGAUCAUUCCAUGCGAAUGCAAGUUGUUGAAGAACUGAAGGAGCCAGUUACAUGCAUUUUUAAUUUUUUUUUAAAGAUUAACCUAUUUUUCUAAUCAAUGUGCUCAGAUGUUCUGGCACACCUCUGAAGCAGCUGAGACUUGAACCUGGGCCUCCCAGUCCAGAGGUAGGGACACUAUGCCACAACAGGGCCC